AGUAAGUGUUAACAAUUUGUAAACAAACAACAUUCCAUAAUUAUUUUAUAAUAAUACAAAACAAAAUUAGUAAUAUGGAAAAAGAAUCCCGUCGUCCAUGGAAAAAGAACUUAUAUGAAAAUGUCGACUACGAAGACAACUACACCGACCCAUCAUUCCUGCAGGAUCUCCAAACAAACAUAAACGUGAGAUUCUACUCCCUGUCGGAAGCCAUCCAGGGUGCCACAAAACUUACCAACCAAAUGUCCUGCAUCACCGGAUUCCUCAUCAUAUUCUACCUUCUGUUCUAUGAAAAAGCAUCACCCACAGACUUACUACUAUCAAGUGGUGUUGCAACCUGCGUGGGAUAUGUCCUUUGUCAUGGACGUCAAUUAAAAUUCACUGACUUAAUUGAGGAUUCCAAAACUCUAGUCGCUGUGCUUAUCUUCGGUUAUAUUUUCUCACCCCUCUUGCACAAACUAACCGAUGCCAUCAGUACGGAUACCAUUUGUACAAUGACUAUUUUCGUCUUCAUUCUCAAUCUGGUCUUUCAUGACUAUGGUCUCGACGUUGCAAUGGUAUCGAAAACAGUAUCAUUGAAUGCUGUGAUUUUUGGAUCGAUAUGCCUAGCUUCACGAUUGUCAUCGUCUUACAGUGCAUUUGUGCUUCUUGUUCAAUCAGCUAUAUUUUUUGUUUUGUAUCCUAUUUUUACGGCCAGAUACUGGAAGCCUUGGUAUAUGCUGCCGAUUUUUGUUCUAUGUUGUUCCUUUUUGUAUGGGAUCUCUACCGAGGGAUUCUAUAUUUAUAUUGUUAUUAUUGUUUUUAUAAAUUUUAUUUGUCCGUUGAUAUUUGUGCAUCAACAGAAACAUAAACAUAACAUUCAUGGACCAUGGGACGAGGCGAUUGUCGAAGAGACUGGCAGUAUUGACAAGGAAUUGUAGUUUUUUUUAAUUAUAAGUACUUUUUAAGUAGGAUUAUUUAAAAAUAAAUAAAACUGUAUUCGACUA